AUGCAGUGGCGAGCGCUCGUGCUGGGGCUGCUGCUGCUGCGGCUCGGCCUGCACGCCGCGCUCUGGCUCGUGUGCGGCCUGGGGCCCAGCCUGGGCUCGUACCCGCGCCCCCCGCGCCCCGGCGGCCCCGGCGGCCCCGGCUCCGCGCGGCCCGGGCCUGCGGGCGCGCCGUCGGGGCCCGCGCGCGGCGUGUGUGGCGCGGCGCCCUGGGGCCGCGGCGGGCCCGACGAGUACGAGCGGCGCUACAGCCGCGCCUUCCCGCCGCAGCUGCGGGCCCGCAUGCGCGACCUGGCGCGGGGCAUGUUCGUCUUCGGCUACGACAACUACAUGGCGCACGCCUUCCCGCAGGACGAGCUCAACCCCAUCCACUGCCGCGGCCGCGGCCCGGACCGCGGGGACCCCUCGAAUCUGAACAUCAACGAUGUGCUGGGGAACUACUCGCUGACGCUGGUGGACGCCCUAGAUACCCUCGCAAUAAUGGGGAACACGUCCGAGUUCCAGAAGGCAGUGAGGUUGGUCAUCGACACUGUGUCCUUUGACAAAGACUCCACCGUCCAGGUCUUCGAGGCCACCAUAAGGGUCCUGGGCAGCCUCCUCUCUGCUCACAGAAUCAUAACAGACUCCAAGCAACCCUUUGGGGACAUGACGAUCAAGGACUAUGACAACGAGCUGCUGCACAUGGCGCACGACCUGGCCGUGCGGCUGCUGCCUGCUUUCGAGAACACCAAGACGGGGAUUCCGUACCCACGGGUGAACCUGAAGACAGGCGUUCCUCCUGACAGCAACAACGAGACGUGCACGGCAGGAGCCGGCUCUCUCCUGGUGGAGUUUGGGAUUCUGAGCCGGCUGCUGGGGGAUUCCACGUUUGAGUGGGUGGCCCGGCGUGCGGUGAAGGCCCUGUGGAGUCUCCGCAGCCACGACACAGGACUGCUAGGCAACGUGGUGAACAUCCAGACGGGCCACUGGGUGGGGAAGCAGAGCGGCCUGGGUGCCGGGCUCGACUCCUUUUACGAGUACCUGCUCAAGUCCUACAUCCUCUUCGGGGAGAAAGAAGACCUGGACAUGUUCACCGCUGCCUACCGCAGCAUCCAGAGCUACAUGCGCCGGGGGCGGGAAGCCUGCAAUGAGGGAGAGGGCGACCCACCGUUGUAUGUCAAUGUGAACAUGUUCAGUGGGCAGCUCAUGAACACCUGGAUCGACUCUCUGCAGGCCUUCUUCCCUGGGCUGCAGGUCCUGAUCGGGGAUGUGGAGGACGCCAUCUGCCUGCAUGCCUUCUACUAUGCCAUCUGGAAGCGCUACGGGGCCCUCCCCGAGAGGUACAACUGGCAGCUGCAGGCCCCCGACGUGCUCUUCUACCCGCUGCGGCCGGAGCUCGUGGAGUCCACCUAUCUCCUGUACCAGGCAACCAAGAACCCCUUCUACCUCCACGUGGGAAUGGACAUCCUGCAGAGUCUGGAAAAGCACACCAAAGUCAAAUGUGGAUAUGCCACGCUGCACCAUGUUAUUGACAAGUCCAAGGAGGACCGGAUGGAGAGCUUCUUUCUCAGCGAGACCUGCAAGUACCUGUACCUGCUGUUUGAUGAGGAGAACCCGGUGCACCAAUCUGGGACAAGGUACAUGUUCACCACAGAGGGCCACAUCAUGUCUGUGGACAGGCACCUGCGGGAGCUGCCCUGGAAGGAGUUCUUCCCUGAAGAUGGGGGCCCUGCCCAGGAGGCGGCCACGGGGCCCAGGCCCAAGGCCCAGGAGCUCAGGGUCAUUAACUCGAGCGCCAACUGCAACCGCGUGCCGGACGAGCGCAGGUACGCGCUGCCCCUGAAAAGCGUCUACAUGCGGCAGAUCGACCAAAUGGUUGGCCUCAUCUGACGACCUGCCUCCACCUCCUCGCCGGCCACACGGGACCAGUUGGAGCCAGGCUCACACAGGCAGAUGGCUGCAGGGCAGACUGGCCAUGGCUGCAUGGGAAGUGCUGUCUGGCCCCCGGCCCGGUGUUCCCUCUCUGUUCAAUAAAUGCCCUGUGUUCCUCAA